AGCGGCGUUCCAAUGUUGUGCGGCAACCCGUAGCCUGCCAAGCGACACAUGAAAAUUCAUAUUUGUGCAGCCUUUCUGUACACCAUCCAGUCCUUGCGUGUUCACUCACUUCGCGAGCCAAAUGAAGACCAGAAGAACGAGCUGAAGACUGACGCUGGAGCAGCGGAGGAGUGUGGCAAGGUGUGUAGGAUUGCAAAUGAGGCGCCUAUGAAUACGAGUCAGAGGAAGGCCUUUGACGACGAGCGCCGCUACAUCAAAAAGCCUCGAGAACGAGACAUCCCAAGCUGGAUGGAGAUGUUUAGCAAGGAUUCCAAUGGACCACUACAUAUGGCAUUGGGUAGUUCCAUUUUGGCGGUGUCGCUGGCACUGGCACUGACGACAAAGCCACGAAAAAGAAAGGGGCUUCUCACGUUUUCCAAGGCUGAAAGGCCCAAGUUUAUCUACGAGGCGAAGGAAGACGCCGAUGUCGAUGCUGAAGGAAGUGACGACGAGAUCACCGAGGCUUCGCAUGAGCCAUCUUCUCCGUCAAAGGCGCCAACGACGCUGAAGUUGGGCCCCGGGAUGCGCUUCCUAGAUGAGGAGCUUGAACAGGAGUGGGAGAAGGAGAGCUAUUUUCGAAAUGUGCAGCGCGGGGCGGUGCUGUUGGCCCUGGUGGCCUGCGGCAUGAUCUUCGACCGCUUCUACGCCUUCUGGGAGCUCCGAAGCUGCAAAGGGGACCAAUGGCGGAUAUUCCAGCUCUUGCAGAUAGUAGCCAUGAUUGUAUUGGCGAAGGUGUUUGCCUUCUUAUUCAUGGUGCCAGCAAUGGAGGGAGCUGGAGUUGAGCUUGGCGAGAGAAGCAAGAUGCUUUGGGACCUCGCAUAUUGGCUGGUGAUAGGCUUCUUCUCUCUUUUCUUCCUUGCGGUCAACGUACCACCCUUUAAUCCAUCCUGCGAAAUGCUGGCGUUGAUGGCAACUGGAGAGAUGUGCAGUGACCCAGCCCUUGGGUUGGCGAACAAGAAGAUGGAUUGCACACUGCAAGGACACACUGCUUGUCAGAUGUUUCAACUGUGGAUGCUCAUCAUGCCCUACAGCUUGCCACAGUUUCGAUGUUGGCACUUUACCUUCAUUUGGCUGGUGUUUCUAUAUGUGGGCUUCAGUUGGCUCUACGCAGAAGUCACAGACGAAUCGACCCAUAUGGUUGACGUGCCUUUGCAUUCCUGCAUGCUGAUUGUGACAGCAGCCUUGGGAACAAUGAAGAAGUACUACCUGGAGAAGGGCAUGCGGCGGCAAUUCUUGGAGGACAAUGAGCAGCGGAAGGCUCUUGAACGCCUGUACAGCAUCUUCGAUGGCAUGGUGCCCAAAUAUGUCAUUCCGCGAAUGCUCACACAGGAGCCAAUUUGUGACUACCGAGAGCGGGUCACCAUCCUUUUCGUUUUAAUUCAUGACUUUCACGUGAGUGAUGCGAAUGCGGCGCUGACUUUCCUCAACGAGUAUUUUGGAAAGAUGGAUGAUAUUUGCGCAGCUCACAAGGUCACGAAGAUCGAGACCGUGGCGGAGGAAUACGUGGCCUGCGUGGGUGUUCUUCCUGAAGACCUGCCGACGGACACCUCCGAUCCGGUGAAGCAUCACCAAAGCUUGUUGCUGCGACUCUUCAGUGCGGCCUAUGAGAUCCAAAAGCUCCAAGACACUGCACAGAAGAAGUUCAAGAUGGGCAUGCACACUGGCGCGAUCCGUGCGGGGGUCAUCGGCCGAAAGCUGCCGCGCUUCCGACUUUUUGGAGACACCAUCAACACCUCGGCGAGGAUGAUGCAGAAGGCUGAGCCUGGGGAGUUGAUGUUUGGAGAACAGACCAACGACUUGCUGCCGGACACAUUGAAGGCCGCCUCCAAGGCCUAUCGAAAUAAGGAAGGCGGCGACACUGUCAAGAUGAAAGGCAAGGGAGAUGUGAAAGUCUUCCUUUUUGAUGCCGCAAACUUCACGACUGGUGGCUCCACGGCUACUUCAACCAGAGAAGGCCCUGAGAAGCCCAAGGAGAUGGAGGUGAAACACGAAGUGGACAAAGUGAUGCGCCACGUGGCUGGAGGGAACCACGUGCCGCGGCAAUUGUUGCCCUUCAUCCUCUCAGAGAAGGCAGACUUCACGACGGAGGAAGAGCUCCAACGGAAAAAGCACAUGUUCUCGGAGGCAACAUUCCAGAUGUGGUUCCACAUGGGCUUUGUGCGCAAGUUUCGCUUGCGGCUGCAUCGCCAGCUCUUGCUCAUGGCAUUUAUGACGGUCUGCGAUUUGAUCCACAUGGAGCAUGCCCAAGCGUGGGAGAAACAGGACAAGAACCCGGGCCUUUUGCCACCGUUCCCUGAUCAACGCUUUAUGGGGCUGCUGCUUUGUCGUUGCUUGUGUUUGGCUGUUGGCGUGGCCUGGUCCUUCUUCGCAAGGACUGAAGCCUUUCGAGAGAAGGUUCAGGAGGUUCAGUGGGGCUUGGUGGCCUCAAAUGUCAUUGUGGCGACGUUGAUGUUCGUUUCCUACGAUGCCAUGAUUUUCCCUCAGAUCGACAAACCGUACACUGAGAUGCACUUCUUGGACUAUUUGAACCAACAGCAAUCCUUGAUUUUCGUCCUUGCGUACUUCAUUGUGACCAAUACACAUCCAACACUUUUCUAUCAGUCUUUGGUGUACAUCCCUGCUGGGCUGAUCUUCAUGGGCAUCCGUGACAGAACUGGUCUCUACAUCUCCAACAUUGGUCGAGUUAUUUUCCUUUGCACCGUCUUGAUCAGCUGCUUGCUGGCGCACUUAUUGGAGCAAACAAGCCGAGCACGCUUCAAGGCCAAGCAGCGUGUGGAAGCCACACAGGAUACCAUCGAAACAGUGCUGACGAGCUUGAUGCCAACGCAAGUGCUGGAGGAAAUCAAAACGAGUCCAGGCAGAAGUCACUCGUACCAUCAAGCCACCAUUGCCCAAUCCGACUUAUGCGGCUUCACUCAGCUGGCCUCCGAUAGGACGCCAGAGGAAGUGGUAGAAUUCGUGAAGGAUUUGUUUGGGAGGUUUGAUAUCCUCACGGACAGAUUCAACGUCUACAAGGUUGAGACGGUGGGAGAUGCAUACAUUGCAGGCAUGGCUGAGCCACCCCUGACAGCAAAGCAGUCCCCCAUUGAGGUCGUGAAGUUUGGAAUGGCAAUGAUUGAGGCCGGCUACUGUGCUCUUCUAUGUCAUCAACUUCCCUUAUCGAAGCGUCCAUUCGGACAAGAUCGAACCGUCGUGACCUGUCGGGUGGGUGUCCACCACGGCCAAUGCGUCGGUGGCGUGGUUGGCAAGGGCAUGCAACGUUACCACCUCUUUGGGAACUUUAUGUCGCAGCUUGAUACCUUGGAAGCCACGAGCCGUGAGGGGAUUACCCAGAUCAGCUCCGCCUGCAAGGAUGCCAUUGUGAUGGAACGGCUGGGGCGGAAGGCCACUUCGGAGGCAGCCUUUGAGACUCUUCUCAAGGACGAGCUCCGCUGCUGGGGCGUGUCAUUCGGUGCCACGCCGCUGGAAGCUGCGCAGCAUCGCUCACUGGGCCGUAGUGGGUGUUGGGCGUUUUCAGAUGGUGAACACAUGCUGUUCUACUCCAUGAAGGGAGACGUGGAGGCCCUCGCUCACCGUUCCACCGUGCCUCCGGACCUCACCCGGGAAGCUCACGGCGUCACGGCUGCGACGCCGUGCCGCAGGAGUUCGCAGGGUGAAGAGCAUGAUUACGAGGAGGUCGGUGGAAAGACCUACCUCAUCUACAAGGACACCGAAGCAGCCGAGGCAGCGCAGUCAGCAUGAUCUUCAUGAUCUCAAAGGUGAUGCAGACGUUCUCCGACGUUCUACCUAGUUUGGUUUCACAGGGUGUGUAGCCGUGGUGUGUAGCUGAGCGCCAAUCGC